UCUCAUUUGUCUCAUUUGAGAGAUUUAAAAAAUUUGGUCAAUGGUUUAUUCUUAUCAAAUUGUUUAUUAAUUUAUAUUGAUUGUAACUUUUGUUCCAUUGUAGUUAAUUAUGUUCCCAUCUAGCAUUUCUUUCACUUUAUUAUUAGUGUUCUUAAUUCAAUUGGCUGAUUGCCUUUAUUUCCAUAUAGGGGAAACCGAAAGGAAAUGUUUCAUUGAGGAAAUACCAGAUGAGACUCUUGUUGUAGGAAAUUAUAAAUGUCAAUUAUUUGAUCCCCAAACUGGAGGUUAUAUGCCUUCAUCGCCAGGAAUUGGGAUGCAUGUUGAAGUAAGAGAUCCAGAUGAUAAAAUAAUGCUCUCUAAAGUUUACAGCUCUGAAGGACGAUUUUCAUUUACAUCACAUGUUCCGGGCGAGCACAUAAUUUGUCUUUACUCAAACUCUACUCGAUGGUUUGCUGGUUCACAAUUACGAGUCCAUUUGGAUAUUCAAGUCGGUGAACACGCUGUUGAUUAUGCUCAUGUUCAGCAGAAAGAGAAACUUAGCGAGUUACAAUUAAGAGUUAGACAGCUUUUGGAUCAAGUGGAACAGAUUACAAAAGAACAGAACUAUCAAAGGUAUCGCGAGGAAAGAUUUAGACAAACCAGUGAAAGUACCAAUUCUCGAGUUUUAUGGUGGUCAUUGGGACAAACGGUUAUUCUUGUCGUCAUGGGCUUUUGGCAAAUGAAGCAUCUUAAGAGUUUCUUCGAAGCAAAGAAAUUGGUGUAAAAAACUGUCCACAAAGAUCAAUGUUCACCAUUGAUCUUUUUUUUCUCACAUUAUCAUCAACUAUCAGUAUGGAAAGGGAGAUCUUUUCUUCAUUUACGGUGACAAAGCCUUAUAUAAAUUUUUUAUUCCAA